GUUAUCUUCCCCUCAGUUUCAACAAAUAGUUCCCUGAACCAGAACAGUCGGUGUUAAAGAUGGCUGGGCAUUCAAUCUUGCUGGCCGCUGUCUCAGUCUUGUCCGCCUGUCAACAAAGUUAUUUUGCUUUGCAUGUAGGAAAGGCAAGAUUAAAAUACAAAGUUACACCCCCAGCAGUCUCUGGGUCACCAGAGUUUGAGAGAAUAUUUCGUGCACAACAAAACUGUGUGGAGUUUUACCCCAUAUUUCUGAUUACAUUGUGGAUGGCUGGAUGGUAUUUCAAUCAAGUUUUUGCUACCUGUCUGGGUCUGGUGUACAUAUAUGCCCGUCACCAGUAUUUCUGGGGAUAUUCAGAAGCAGCUAAAAAAAGGAUCACCGGGUUCCGGCUGAGUCUGGCGAUUCUGGCCUUGCUGACAGUCCUGGGCACCCUGGGGAUUGCAAACAGCUUUCUGGAUGAAUACAUGGACCUCAAUGUCGCCAAGAAACUGAGACGCUUCUAACGUCACCCCCUCCCUUUGCCCAAAUGCUAGCAGAAGCUGUUUCCACCCUGAAGGUUAUAUGGAGUCAAUCAAUUUUUAAAGACAAAAGUCUUUCUUUUGUUUUUCUUGAAAUGGCUUUGUAGGACCAUACCUGUUAGAGAAUACAUUCCUGUUUAAGAAGUGAAGUCUGCUCAGACGGGAUGUAUCCAUAUCCUCAGUGCAAGUGUGCAGAGCCCUGGUUUUGUAUGUCUGCUAAAGUCAUGACUGCUUGUGUGGGCAGGAAGCAGCCUGACCAUGUGCUGGGCUUUCUGUGCGGCCACCACCAUCACCUGCCUCUGAGAUUACUUCUCUUUUGAUGGAAAGUUCCAGACAGAUGCUGAUAAGGCAGCAAGCCCACUUCAUCGGUGUAGGAAAGCAACAGAUGGCCACACGUGGGGGAAGUCAGGCAAACACAAAGAGUAGCCAGAGAAGAGAGUCAUCAACGAAUAGCACAAAACAAAUCUGGUU